GUCCACGUAGUCACGCAGAUGGUGCAUUGCUGUCCGAGUCCAACGACCCGCUCAGCAGUUGAGGGUCGCAGGACCUUUUUUCUUUAUCAUCAAGCGAGGAGGCGGUCCUGGAGGGCGUCAAUCCCGAAGAAGCAGCACUAGUUGCUGCUGACCCGAACAACUAGACUCGUUCUCUUUCAAACCCUUUAGUAACAUCAUCAUGAUCAAGAAACGCGAACCACGAAGAAAAUGCCACUGAAAAAGAU